GUAGGAAAGUCCGGAAGACCACGACGGGGUCGAGCAAGUAGGAGUACGCCGACGCCGGCUUGGUCUAAGACGUCGGUGUCAUUAUCGCGCGGGCAGUCCGUUCGCGACGAGCCGCGCACGAUCAAGCCGCGACGGCGACGUCGACGACGACGAGGACGACAAGGGUGGUGCGAAGAGAUCGGCCGGGUGACCGUACAGAACGUUAAGAUGGUGUCUAUAAAGAAGCUUGGAAUCGGCGGUGGAGUUAUGUUUUUCUUCGGCAUUCUACUUUGGUGCGGGUUCCCCGCAUUGAUUAGGUCGCAGAUUAAGAAGGCAAUUGCGUUGAAACCAGGAAGCGAAAUCCGCGAAAUGUGGACUGCUUUUCCUCUGCCGUUGGAUUUCAAGAUUUACCUGUUCAACGUGACUAAUCCCGAUGAAAUUAAUGAGGGAGGAAAGCCAAAGUUGAAGGAAGUUGGACCAUUCUUCUACGACGAGUACAAACUGAAGCUGGACCUCGUCGAUCGAGAGGAUGAGGACACCGUCGAGUACAGCAUGAAGUCAACGUGGUUCUUCAAUCCCAAGAAGAGCAACGGGUUGACGGGCGAGGAGAUCAUGGUGUACCCCCAUGUCAUGAUCCUGGGCAUGGUGGCAGCCACGCUCAAAGAGAAACCCGCUGCGAUUCCGGUCGUCGGCAAAGCCGUCAACAGCAUCUUUCACAAGCCGGAGUCGCUAUUCGUGACAGCCAAGGCCAAGGAUAUACUUUUCGACGGUCUGCCCGUCGAUUGUACGGUGACAGACUUCGCGGGGUCGGCGGUGUGCAACCUUUUGAAGACGGAAGCGAAAGAUCUCGUGCCCGAUGGUGAAAAUCGCUACAAGUUUUCCCUCUUUGGCGGGAAAAAUGGCACCGUCGUACCGCAACGUAUGAAAGUUCUACGUGGAGUUAAAAAUUUUAAGGACGUCGGUCGUGUCCUGGAAUUCGACGGUAAACCCGCGUUGGACAUUUGGCCGGAGGAUCACUGCAACGCUUUCAAUGGUACCGAUUCGACAAUUUUUCCUCCUCUGUUUGGUCCCGACGACGAUAUCGUCUCGUUCGGCUACGAGAUCUGCCGAAGUCUCAGUGCGCAUUAUAAAUACCAUAGCAAAGUUAAAGGCGUUAAUACUCUUCAUUAUACCGCGGAUCUGGGAGACAUGAGCACGAAUCCUAUGGAGAAGUGUUUCUGUCCGACACCGGAGACUUGUUUGUCGAGAAAUUUCUAUGACAUGACAAAAUGUCUGGGUGUACCCAUUAUUGGAUCUUUGCCACAUUUUUACGACACUGAUGGAAAAUACUUGCAAAUGGUGGAUGGCUUGAAUCCAAAUCAGGAGGAGCAUGAAAUCGAUAUGGACUUCGAGCCGAUGACGGCCACACCGAUACGGGCGCAUAAACGGUUGCAGUUCAACAUAUUCAUACAACCGGUACCGAAGUUCAAGCUGAUGAAGAAUUUCCCGGAAGCGCUACUGCCAUUGUUCUGGGUGGAGGAAGGAAUACUUCUCGAUGACGAGUUCGUCAACAAGGUGAAGAUGGUGUUCAAAAUAAUGGCGGUCGUCUCGUUUCUGAAAUGGCUAAUGGUGCUCGGUGGAAUAGGCAUGGGAGGCGCAGCUGGUUAUAUGUAUUAUAAAAAUCGUGAUAGUGGCAAUUUGGACAUCACUAAGGUUACUCCGAAGACAGCUAGCAGGGAGGAUAGCAAGAAUGAAAAGAGUUGGCCGCCUGGCAUGAACAUCAGCACGAUACAAGCGGCAUCGGUGCCGUCCAGUCUCGACAGAAAUUGAGUUUCUGUUAGCAGGAAAAUUUCUAAUAUCAGUCACGAAGGUCCAUUCUUUCAAUUCCAGAGAUAUCUUUUUUAACUAAAAUUAUUUUUAAUAUAUAAAUAUAUAAUUGAAUAAGGUUUUCCAAAUGCGGCGGACAGUUCUUAAAAAGUAAACGAAGCACGAGGAACUAUGCCUUCACGGCAAUUUGCAAUGUCUUAAAUGAAGGGUUGAAAGGCUGAAGAUGUUAUAGCAAAUAUGAUAUAUUUUAUUAAAGCCUAACGACCAAAUAAUAGAUAAAUCUUUCUAUUUUUCUCUUGGAAACAUAAUUAAACUCGCGAAUAUAUAGGUAAGAACGUAGAUAAGACUCAAUCCGUCAUGUGUAACAUAUACUUGAAAUUAACUACCUCGUUAU